AUGGACCACGGUGGAUUGGCGAAGAAAACCACUUGCGUUGGACAUUCCCUUGGGGCACACAUCUGUGGGAUGAUUAGUAAUCAUUUGGAUAUUAAACAAUAUCGCAUCGUAGCUUUGGACCCGGCUAGACCAUUAGUAGCCCAAUAUGCAAACGAUGACACCCGGUUGACUCAUGACGACGCAUAUCAAGUGCAAGUUAUCCACACAAACGCAGGACGUCUCGGAGAAGUCAACCAAAGAGGCACUGUUGAUUUCUGUCUCAAUGGAGGGAUGAUUCAACCUGGUUGCAGAGGACAUAAUUUCCGCAUCGCCCGGUGUAGCCACAACCAAGCGGUGUGUUUCUUCGCGUCGACGGUAUCCGGCAAGAGUACUCACAUGGGACGACCUUGCUCGGCCGCCUGCCCGAAGAACAACUCCAGCUGGGGCAUCGUGCCCGGCAAGGCAAUUCCCAUGGGCGUUGAUACGCCCAUUAGCGCCAAAGGUUCCUAUUGCGUGGAUACCGGUUACCACGAUGAGUGUCCGUUCAACAACUCGUAGUAAUGGAGGCAUGAUCAUCGGCAUAAUGGAGACAAUUUGUGAUAUCCGAAACGAAAGAAUGUACCGCUAUCGGCGCUGCGGAGUGGCAGAUGAUCGUGAAAUUAAUUUUCGAUGUUAAGGUCAGUGUCGUCCCAAGACGCGGUCAGCAAUGCGAAGAGAGGAG